AUGAGAUCAACUCAAGCAGGACGACCUCAUUCUGAUGUUUGGAAACAUUUCUCAAAAAUACAGGACCUUUCAAAAAUACAUUAUUAUUAUAUUUGUAAUAAUAAAAAAGAAAUAGAAUAUUAUGGAAACAACUUAACAGAAGAAGAAAUUAGAAAGGUGGUUACAGAUUUUGAAAUAGAUAUUGAUCAAGAUUUUGAUGAAAUAAAUGAAGGUGAAGAUAAUGAUAAAUAUGAAGAAAAUGAGGAUGACAGUAAUGAUUUAUAUCAAGUUUUUUUGGAAGAUGAUACUGAUCAUUUUGAAAAAUAUUCUCCUGAAUCUGGAUCCAAUCAAAUUGAUUUAACACAAUGUUUAGAUUAUGAUCCUGUUGUGCAAGAUGAAGUAAACAAUAUUUAUUAUGAUUCACAAAAUGGAGAUAAUGAUAUAAAUCAUGAGGAUUAUGAAGAAAAUGAUUUAGAG